GUCAGCCUGGCUGGAUAAACAUCGAGGUAGGAAUGAGGGCCCAUAUGACAAAACUGAAAGGAAUUUCUUUCUUGCCUAGAAAACAGAUGAAAUCUCACCUCUCCGACCCAGUUCUAUAGCUAGCUAGUUCGGUAGAUAAAUAAACGGGAAUAGACGACUACAUCUUUAUGUUUUUAAAACAAGGUUAGCCUUCCAGCUAACUAGGAACCCUUCACUUUAACGGUAUAGCUAGCGAGCAAGUAUCGGGCCUUUUGGUUUUGUGGAGUCGGUUUCACAACCCGGCUGUUGGCGUUGGUUCACGGUACCGCUUAGUGUACCCACUUUCUCAGCUCAGCUCAUUCGGCUUAGUAGCUAGUAGUUUAUUAUUACAAAGAGUUAUUGGAAAAACUGAGCCAAUUGAGGAAUACUGUCGCGUCAGGUCACUCUACACGGGUGGGUGGUGUGGCCCCACAGAGAUGGCCUCCUAGGAGUGGGUGCUGUCGACCCGAGUGCCAGUUCCACAGGGGUACAGCCACAAUGAAGAGCGAGGUCCGCUCUAACACGCCGCACAGACACCUGAAGGGGGCGCUGGCGAACCCGGAGCCCAUGGAGGCCGCCAAGAGCUUUCCUGCCGCCGUGGAGGUGAUGGGGAAAGUGGGCGGCGAGUUCACGCCGUUGUGCGCCGAGCCCCAACGCCGGUCCCUGCGCGAGGUCGGCAGGGGGUGCAGGGACCUGAACAGGGAGCACAAGAAGCGCAAGAGCCAGGCGGGGCCGUCGGCUUGCGCUCUGAAAGAGGGGCGCUUCGCUGGGGGACCCCUGACGCCCUCCUCCCGCCACAGGGCCGGGCCGCUGGAUGACCAGAGCGAGGAUGAGCACAACCUGGAGUCGUCGUUCAGCGACUGCGACUCCUCCCCUACCUCCAGCCUGCACUUUGGAGAUUCGGACACAAUGAGCUCGGAGGGGGAGGGGGAGGGCAGGGGGGCAGGGCUGGCGGAGCAACAGCGGGGGGCGGGCGUGCGCCCUCUCCUGGGCCGGACUCUUAGGAGCAGGCCGCACAGGUGGGCGCGGCAGGACGCGGAGCCGUUGCUGCUGAAGCGGCCGUGCCUGGCCGGGCAGCGGCCCCUGCAGAGGAAGCGCUUUGUGAAGGUGGGGUCGAGCGCCAGUGGAGUCCAGCGGACUGCCAAGCAGAAGGAGCGGCUGCAGCUCCAGCGCAGGAAGCGUGAGGUCAUCGCCCGCAGGAAGUACGCCCUCCUCCACAGCACCAGCAGCUCCAGCGAGGGGCUGACCAGCAACUCCUCCUCACCCUCCUCCACUGAGACCGAGGACGACCUGUUCCUGGAUAUCAGCAGCAGCAGCAGCCAGCCUGGCAGUGCCGACGUCAGCACAGGUGGCCUGGAUGAAGAUGUGGUCGUUAUCGAUGCGACGCCAGCACCCCCGAUCCAAGCCAGUGAGGAGAUCAACGUCACGUCCACCGACAGUGAGGUGGAGAUCGUAACCGUGGGAGAUGCCUACAGGCCUCGGUCUGGAGGAGGACAUGGCAGGAUGCACUGGACCCCCAGCUGCUCUCAGAGCCGGUCCCAGGACCAACGCGGCCGCCAUCGCGUUUCCACGGUGAUCCAACCGCUCCGCCAGAACGCCGGCGAGGUGGUGGACCUCACGGUGGACGAGGAGGAUCUCUCAGUAGUGCCAACCACCUCUGACAGGACAUGCCCCCAGCCUGUCAGCUCCUCCCACUCCUCCUCAUCUUCCUCCAAUAAUGCCUCUACCUCAGAGCCCCUCUGUGACGCCCCCGGCCCCUCCAGCAGCUGCCCCGCCCCUGCACCGGACAGCACCAUGGGAAAGCAGGCGCACAGUAGCACAGCUGGGAUGGUCACAGGAGAUGAUGCUAGAAGAGCCUCGUCUGGGUUCUCUGGAGAGGGCGGGAGCACGGCCAUGCCCCGCCUCCCCUCCUGCUGCCCCCAGCACUCCCCCUGUCGCGGUCCUUCCCCGGGGCACCACCCGCUGGGCCACGCCCACUCCAGCUGCAUGCAGGCCCCGCCCCCACACCAGGCCCCGCCCCACUCACACCACUUCCAUCACCACCAUCACCAUGGCCCUCCCGCUGCACCUCCCCCCCUCUCCUUCCCAGAGCCCAGCUGUCCCCUGGAGAGGCCCACCGCAGUGCCGGCCCCCUGCGGGGGGGUCAGCAGCACAAGCAGCCAGUAUCACGACCAGACCCUGCCUGUGGACCUCAGCAACGGGGCAGUCCGCAGUGGUGGGGUUAGCAGCGCGGGACUCCAUGGAACCUCGGCCUUUGACCCGUGCUGCCCCAGCGCAUCGUCACGCCCCGCCGCAUACGCCCCUCCUCCCGCCCCCGGGCCCAGCCAGCCCAGCCCCCAGGACGCUUACAGCUCAGCCAUGGUGGCCCCGCCCCCGCCGCAGCCACAGAUGUCCUCCUGUAGGCAUUUCAUGCAUCCCACCUAUGGCCCCCUGGCUCGCUCUCUGCACCCCCAAACCUCGUCCUCCUGCCCCCACUCUCACGGGAACCCCCCGCCCCAGCCCCCCCCUCAGCAGAUUGAAUACGUCAUACCCCAGCCCAUACACCCCUUCCACGCCGUGCCCCCAGCCCCGCCCCCCGCCCUCCCUGCCCACCCCCUCUCAGAACACCAGCCCCUGCCGCACCCCAUGCCCCCGCUGGCCCCCCCCAUGCAGAGGCUGCACCCCCAGGACAUGCUGCAGAGGAUGGAGGUGCGCAGAAGGAUGCUGCAACACCCCACCCGAGCACAUGAGCGGCCUCCACCCCACCCUCACAGAAUGCAUCCCAACUACGGCCACGGUCAUCACAUCCACGUGCCCCAGACCAUGUCCUCGCACCCACGUCAGCCCGACCAGAGGACCACCUGGGAGCUGGGGAUCGAGGCUGGAGUCGCUGUGGCGCCAUAUUCAGGACACCUGCACCCCCACCUGCCCCACUACCACCCACCCCCCCGACUGCACCAUUUCCCCAUCACCUUCAUGCAUACUGGCAUGUCUGAGGUGACCUACCCACACAUUCGGUAUAUAUCAUCCAGAAUGACUGGCUUUGGACGGACUUACGAAGAUCUGCUCCACUUGGAGGAGCGGUUGGGGACUGUGAACCGCGGUGCCUCUCAGGGAACCAUAGAGAGAUGCACUUACCCACACAAAUACAGGAAGAGAAAGUUGCACGGCAAGCAGGAGGAGGAAGAGGGCCCAGAGGAGGACACCGAGGAGAAGUGCACUAUCUGUCUGUCCAUCCUGGAGGAGGGAGAGGACGUCAGACGGCUCCCCUGUAUGCACCUGUUCCAUCAGCUGUGCGUCGACCAAUGGCUCCUCACCAACAAGAAAUGUCCCAUCUGCAGGGUGGACAUAGAGGCCCAGCUGCCUGCCGAGAGUUGAUGUUCUCUUAGCGCCUAUUUUGUGUUUCUUUGGUUUGUUUGGGUUUUUUUUUUCUCGUUUUUGUUUUCCUCUUUUCAGUACUGCAGUCAACCAAAGAUGGCGUGAGUUACCU